GCAAGUAAGCCUAAAACCGAAGGCCGAAAACCGUUAUCAAAAUUUCCAUCUCCAUCCGCAUCUGCAUCACUGUAGGAAGCAGGAAAUGGAGGAGGAAUCCAUCAGAGAAGCUUCAAAAGAGGUCUGUAGAGAGUUUAAAACCCUAAUUGAUGAGCGAGAUCUGGAUUCCCUCAAGCAAUUGCAGCUUCUCAUAUUGGGAAGGCUGCAGGACAGCAACGCAGUGCUGUCUCAUUUUAAUGAAUAUUCAGAGAAUUGUUUCGCAGAGGUUUCUGCUGAUUUUUCAAGAAACACGCGUCUCUUAAAAUCUAUGAAGUCUGAUCUUGAUUACAUCUUUCAAAAGCUAAGGAGCAUGAAAGCCAAAAUUUUGGCAACUUAUCCAGAUGCUUUUCCAGAUGGAUCCGCAAAAGAAGUGCUUGACCGGAGACCAGACCUUGAAAUGCCUUGAUAACCUUACGUAUGUUUACAUAUUUUUGUCCAUACUCCUCUAUGUAGACUAAAAAUUUCCCCUGCUAAUUUGCCAUCCAUUAUAAGCUCUUUGGGAUUUUCCGUGUGCCAUGUAUGAGAGGUUUUUCUUAAUUAUUUUCCGUGUUUGUACAGAAACGAUAAGGAAAAUGAAAAGGGCAAGUACGAACAUAUUAUUUUUGUGUGGAUCCCUUUCCUUCCUGGGCGAAAAUACUCAAAUGGAAUGAUCAGGUUGCGUAAGCAUAGUAUUUCCAUUAUUUUUGUUGUUGUUGUUUUAUAAAUAACUCUAUGCAGCCAGUAUGGCAGUGUUUGCUUCCUCUCUUUUUUGUUUCUUUUCCACCAUAAGAUUCUCUCCCACUUUAACUGAAAUGGACUCUGGUCCCUAUGCUAUUUUGUUUCAUAAUUUCCUCCAGUUGAACCUAUUGUAAAAAGCCUCUAGUUCUAUCAACGUGGGAGAUGAUGAAUUAUUUUUUA